AUGCAGAGCCCCCGCGAGAUCUCGUCCGAGCCCCAGGGCGCUCUCACGCCGUCCACGGCGCGUCUCGUCGCCAAAGCGGCCGUCGAGGUGCCCGCGACGGGCGCGACCCCCCGCGUGCUCGACCCGUCCGCCGCGCGCCAGCCCUGGGCCAACCUCAGCGUCGACACGGCCGCCACGCUCUCCCCGUCCUCCACUUCCUCUUCUUUCAAUCGAACCUCUUUGACCGCCCACGACGGCCACACGCCCCCACCGGCCGCGGCGUCCCCCGCCGCCGUCAGCGCCCCGUCGUCCCUCCGCUCGGGCUCCGGCUCGAGCCACGUCAGCCUCCCCGCCGGCCUCUUACCCGAACGCUACACGGCCGACCUGACCCACUGGCAGUCGCCCGCCGACCUCCCCGAGCGCCGCCUCAUGGUCCAGCGCAUCAUCGCCAUGACCCGCAGCAAACGCGCGUCGAGCGACGCCGUCGACGCGCGCACGCCGUCGCUCGCGAAGCGCAUUGAGCUGUCGCUCUACUCGCGCGCCGCGUCGUUCCUCGAGUACCGCGACCUCAACACACUCCGCCGCCGCCUCCAGUCGCUCGUGUCGCUCAGCUUCCACGAAGCGGCCGUCUCCCGCCGCCACGCGGCCGCUGCCGCUGCUGUCACGGCGGUGCCGCUGCUGGGGAAGCGCAAGGGCCGCAGCGCACGGCCGCGACCGCGCGACGCGACCGCUCGCAAUGGGUCUCCUGCGGUGCCGGACGAGGCGCUGUUUUUCCUCAUGGACGAAGCGCUCGUGCGGCUCGUGUUUGCGUUCCUCUCGGGCGUCGACACUGUCCGGUGCACGCAGCUGAACCGCUUUGCGCGGCGCGUACUGCCGCACUGCGUCGUGGCGCUUGACGUGGAGCUGCGGCAGCUGCAGAGCGCCUACCGGUCGGUCGACGCGACGCGCCCCGCGGCGACGCUGCUCUGCGCGUACCCCAACUUGACGCACCUGACGGUGUUUAACGCGCGGAAACCGCUUUGCGACCAGCAAGAAGACGGCCCGGCGCUGCACGCGUGGGGCUGCAGCGAACUGGACAUUAGCCACGACAAUGCCGGCGAGAAAGUCGUGCAGCAGUUGGCCGAAGGCAUUGAACUGGGCGCGUGCCGCCGGCUCACGAGCCUCCGCCUCGUGUCGGUGUUUACCAACACGUGCCGAGGCAAUGCGCUGCACUUGCUCUGCGCGGCACUGGUCAAAGGCUCGUGCCCGGACUUGCAGGACCUGUUGCUGGGCGGCAAUGGCUUUUCCGACGUUGGCACGGUGGACGUGGCGUGGCUGCUGAAGACGGGUUCGCUGCCGAAGCUCGCGCGGCUCGACAUUCGGCGCAACUACAUUGGCGAGUCGGGGCUCAAGCGCAUCAUGGCGGCGCUCGGCGUCGGGCGGUGCCCGCAGCUCAAGUAUUUAUGCAUGGGGGGCAACAUCAUUACGGACAAUUGCGUGGCGCCGGUGGUGCAGCUCCUGUCGAGCGCCCAGUGCCCGCAGAUGCGGUUCCUCGGGCUCGAAGACAACUUCCUGAGCGCCCGCGGCGUGCAGUGUAUUAUUAAAGCGGCGGUCGCGGGCGGGAUGAUGCCGAAGCUGCACCACGUGUCGUGCGAUGGGACGCUCGGGGCGGACGAGCGGUCGUCGAGUGCACGUGCGGCGUGA